UCACCUAAUCGUUACUCUGUAUGCGGGAAAGCCAAAGUAAACCUGUUGUUAUCUAUCUCAUUGUCUAAACACUAUUCAUUUGAGGUAUAUAGUAUGUUGAUAAUGUCAAUGUGCAAUCACAUCAAGGGCUAUUAGUGUAGGGAAACACUAUUUGAUCAAUUGGAAGUUAGAAUUUAGCCGAGAUGGAUCUUCUGUUCAAUAGUUCUAUAUGUUCCUGGCAAUUGGAUUAGGAAUUGUUCAGGUAUGGAGAUUAAUGGACGAGGACAGAUAAUAUUGUCUUACUAUUGUAGCCUGACAAUUUAUAAAAAUGCUUGAAAGAAUGUCUGCCAAAGUUGUUAUUCACAAUGUAUCAGAAGGAACAGCUGAAUACAGACCAAUUAACUUAACUAGAUAUAGACCAUCUUUAACAGUAGAGAAUCAAACAUGGGCAUAUGUCUACUGGGUGUUGGUGUGUGUUCUAGGAACGCUGAUUGGUCUUAGUUUUGCAUCUUGUAAAUACUGGAGAGAUCAGUAUCAAAAACCUGAAAACAAACGGAGAAGAAAAGAGAAAGCAGAUAUUGAAAUACGAGCAAAAGAAGAGAAAGCUGUAGCAUCUGUGGUGCAGGAACCCAUUCCAACUUCAAAAUUUCUCAGUAUUUUAAGACAGAAGAAAUCUGACAAAAGACUCAACAUUGAAGUUAGGGCAAUUGUUCGGAAUCAGGAAGACUUCCCUUAUACAGUUGCUCAAGAGACCCACAAUGCCUUGAUGAAUGUGAAACAAGAAGUUGUAACAUAUGAUCAUAGUAGAGUAAUCUUGUGGGAUGUUCCCAAGGGAUGGAAGAAUGACUAUAUUAAUGCAAGCCACAUCGAUGGUUACUGUGUUUCCAAAGAAUAUAUUGCCUCACAAGGUCCUAACAGCCGAUCCAUCAUUCAGUUCUGGCACAUGAUAUGGCAGGAGGGAGUCCAUUGUAUCGUCAUGACAACCGGUCUAUUUGAAAAUGCUGCACAACAAUGUGAUAAAUAUUGGGAUGAUUUUCUCGGUGUUAAGAAAUACGUCCGACAUGGUAAUAUACAUAUCUGGACAGAAGAGAGUAUAUAUAUGGCCCAGUUAAAUAUUAGAACUUUUAGAAUACAAAAGGAAGGAACUUGUCAAUCAAGGAUUAUUCGACAGUUUGAAAUGAUUGGCUUCCACGACAAUGAGUGCGCUGACCCUGGUUUUAUUCUUGAUGUCAGAAGACGUGUUAAUAAUUUCAUAUCUACAAGCUGUGGACCUAUUUUAGUCCAUUGCAGAUGUGGAGGAGGUAGAACUGCUGUUUUCAUAGCUGUAGACUUUUGUUUAAAACAAGUCGAGGCUGAGGAAAGGGUGGAUAUUUAUGGUGCUGUUUUACAUCUGAGAAGAUAUCGCAAAAAUAUGGUGCGGACAUUGGGUCAGUAUCGACUUAUAUAUGAUACAGUAGCCAUGUUUUUACAGUGUAAUUAUACAGUAUUUUCUGUAGCAGAAUUACAAUCCAACUAUCCUAUUACUAGUUUAAGAUGUCAGCAAAUAGAACAAGAAUUUAUGGCAUUACAGUAUAUAGUACCAGCAUUAAGUAUUGGUGAUUGUGCUAGCGGACAUAGAGUAGAAAACCGCUGUAAAAGUAGAGAUAUUAUGAUGUUACCUCCUGAAAGAGCUCGACCAUAUUUAACAUCAGCUGAUACUGGUGAUAGUGGUAAUGAUUUUAUUAAUGCUGUAUAUAUUGAUGGCUACUUUCAUGUCAACUCUUCCCUAGUUACGCAAUGGCCAAAGAAAAGUACCCUAAAUGAUUUAUGGCGCCUUCUAUUUGAUUUUAAAAUCAAUUCUCUUGUGGUAUUAAAUGAUAUUAAAUUUUCUAGGCGAUAUCAGAGAUUUUGGCCAAAAGAAUUAGAUGAAGAAAUUAAAUAUGGUCCUAUAUCGGUGAAAUACUUAGGAUGUGGAAAAUAUCCCCAACUUAUUAUUAGAGCAUUUGCUAUUCAUAAGAAUUUAGCAAAUUCUCAAAGAGAGCCAAAGUAUAAAGAUUUAAUUGUAAAGAUGUUUCAAGUAACAAAUGGUACCAGUCCUGCUAAAAUAAGUCUCUCUCAUAAAUCUUUAUUAUAUGUGAUGCAAUGUGUUGAUGACUGGCAACAGAAGACAAAUCCUACAACACCUGUCUGUAUUAUGUCUAAAGAUGGGUCAUCACGAUGUGGUAUAUAUGCAGCUGUAAAUAUAUGUGUUAAUCAAGUAGAGAUAGAUGGUGAAUGUGAUAUAUUUAAUGCUGUUAGAUUAAUCAAACGUAAUAGACCACAUUUAGUAUCUACAAUAGAUGAAUAUCGAUAUAUCUACAAUUUUAUGGAAGAUUACGUGAAUAGAACAACAUUACAACCACAGAUAGUUAUUACAGGAAUAACUGGAAAUGCUACUAAUUAUAGAACCCAUAGAAACGCAGUAGAAGAUAUAUCACCCGUAGAAGACUCGAAUAUAUCCGCGCGAAGUAGUCGAUCGGGCAGUUUCGCUACAGCAAUUGAUGACACUGCAGAUUUUAUUUUACCAUCUGGUGUAGACAAUCAUACAACACUAAGUGCCUACGUUGCUCAGCUCUCACCUUCAUCAACGAAAAACACUAUCAUGGACAAAAGUAACCAUUCCUCAACAGACAGUCUCUAUUUUUAUGAAACUCCACUCGUAGAAAAUGGAAAUUGCUCGUCAUCAAUAGACGAUUCAGUGUUUGUUCACGAAAUGCCUAAAAGUGCUAUUUUAGAAAAAAAUAACAACAUUCACAGCGAGGACAAAUCACCGACUCGUAAAAAGGUUAUUACAUCAAAUGGAACAAUAUUACCAAUUUUUGAUCCCGGUUUGUCAAAAUAUGGAUGACAAAGGUUGUUUUUUUUUUAAUUUUGUCUAUUUAUUCUGCUUCCCUAACUUUGUGUAGGUGCUCGCAACAUUUUGAUGGAAUUAGUCAGGGUAUUUUUUACCGAAUCACGAAUAAGUGUGAUUCGUUAAUAUGAAGCAAGGCAUUUUGGAUAUUUUGUGUAUGAACGAGGAUUGUGUUAUCUUAAAGAACGUGACACUGUUCAUCUAGUUAGUCUGUGGAUUUAUUUCCAUUGGUGCUGAUAUAAAACCAGGAAAAUUCCUGGAGAAGUAAGACUAAAUGAAUCAAAAAAAUUACAAAUGGCAUUAAAUGGAAACUUUUAGUCUGGAGUUAAUAUACAUCAAUUUUGUAUGUAUAUGUAUAUCUGCCUUACGACCAGAUUUUAUGGCAUUUUUUCAUGGUAUUAUAUUUGGGUAUUGUUUGUCUUCCUGGACACAAGGUCACAAAGUUUUUGUUUUGUUUUGGGUUUUUUUCUCAGGAAAGGAGAAUACAGAAUUAAUAUUCAUGGUUGUACAUAUAUGUUUAUAAUGUCAUCUAUAUUUUUUCUAAUGUUUUGCACCGAUUACUUUUUGGAGAGUUUUCAAACAUUCCAAGUAUCUGUCCUCAUAAUUCAUAAAUAUGUCUGUUAUAGGUCACCUUUUAAGAUAAUGUCAGAUAUAUAUAUAUAUAUAUAUAUAUAUAUAUAAUGACGGUCUCAUCUUUUUUUAGCUACUUUUUUGUGCCAGAAUUCUAAAUGGAACUAUUUUGGAUGAGGAACAGGGCCCCAAGCAAUACUCAUUUUCUUGUUCUUGGGGGCAACGCUCUUCGAUAAAAGCCUGAACAAUUUAAGUACAACUGAGAUGAAUCUUGGUAUGUUUGUUCCUUGUGCACAUCGAUUGAUGGACUUUUGAUAUGUCACAAUCCAAGAUGGCAGCGAUGACGUCAUGCUCGCUCUCUGGUACACAAUAUAAUCAUACUUGUUACUUACACACUAUAACAAAUUCUGGAAUGAGCUUAUUGAACCGUUGCACACUUGUAGCAGACACUUCUCAGUUUUUUGUUUCCAAUCAAAGUCAUCUGUUGGGUAUCAUAGAACAAUAUGUCUCCAGGUUACAGACUGUUAACUGGUGACUGGCCUAAUCUUUUCAUGUAGAUCAAGAGACAAAAGUAAUGGGGAAAUUUAUCUGUACAUUACUUUUUUAAUUGGUAAAAUUGUAUGCAUUCUACCUUUUCACUGUAAAUUUAAUACUUUGAUAGCUAGCAACUUCAUUCAUUCUAAUAAGAUCAACCAAAUAAAAAAAACCAACAUAUAUUUGUAUCGAACAGUUUUCAAAGCUAUUCGAACUAUUUUUUGGGUAGAUUUGUUAUUGAUGUUAAUUUGAUUACAGUAUAGUUUAGUUUUAAUAUAUUAAAAUAUGUAUUAUUUGAAAGAGUUGAUAACUCUUAGGUAUGUAAUUAGCCUACACAUAAUGAUAGUGUAUUUUUUUUUUAUUUCAAUAAUUGGUUUGUGCAAAAGGGUCUUUAGCAGUGGAUGAAAACCCAAGGUCCCAGAGAAACCCCAUAAGGUUGGGAAGUCGACCCUUCUGUUUGUCACAUACAAGCUUGGGAUCACAACCACAGCACUUAACUCAAUGACAGACCUCAUAAUCUAAAGUGCAGGAGAAGGGGGGUACGGCUGAAUUGUUUGCGUGUACGCAGUGUAUCAUAAGGUCUGUCAUUGAGUCAAGAGGCAUGGUUUCGAUUCCCCGGUUGUAAGUGACAAGGAGUAGGGUCACCUGUCCAACCUUGUGGGUUUUCUCUGGGUCCUCCGGUUUCCUCCCACUGCUAAAGACCCCUACGCACAAGUGAAUUAUUGACAUACGAUUGAACCAUUUGUUAGUCCCAAAAUGACCUAGUUUGUGCAAAUUAGAUGACUCAGCCACCCAACCCCCACUUUAAAGGAAAAUACUCAUUUUUCAUCCCUGGGACACAAUCUGAUUAAAUCCCAGAUCAUAUUUCAUUUUGAUAUCUAUUGUUCAAAUUUCAUUUUAUUGAUCUUCUGGGUGGUUUAAUGAAAAUUCAUAACAAAAACAAUGGAGAUUUGUCAAUGCACUCGGUAAAUCUCGGCAGAUUCUGUUACUCUUCAUCUAGAUGUAUGGUACUGGAGGUUUGCCGAGUGUUGUCAAUGAUCAGCAUUGAAAGGCAGAUAACUCUCACACUCUCUAGUUUAUUCCACUGUUUCAUCUUCUAAGUUAAGGUUACUAUAUUAGUAAUAUUACUUACAAUAUCUUAUGUUACCAAAAUCUUGAAAUAACAUUUAAUGAAAUUUGGGAAUUUCAUAAGUUUGUAGAAAUAGUAUUUUUUGAAUGAAUUAUAUAAAGCAGUCAUGAUUUAUUUCAUGUUAAAUGUAAAAAAAAUAUCAUAGGUCUAUUCAUAAAAAUAUUUUGUGGGGGGAAUUGAGACAGGUAUGUGACUGGUUAAUUUAAUAUUGAAUUUCAUUAAACAUUAUUUUAAGGAUAGUGUGAGGCCUGGGGGCAUGUAGGCCUACUCCUUUUUACUUACAAAUUUUCCGACUAUAAUUGUCUGAGAUCUGGGGAUGAAUGAAACCGGAUAUCUUGAGAUUCAGGGAACAUCAUUAACACACUAUUACCAGGCAGAUAUAGGGAAUUUGAUCAUAAACUAGUGCUGGUUUCCUCCCACUGCUAAAGAUCCCUACGCGCAAGCGAAUUAUUGAAAUAAAAUUAAACCAUAUGUUAGUCCCGAAAUGACCUAGUUUGUGUCAAGUGGAUGUUAAACCCCAUUUCCCUCUCUCUCUCUCUCUCUCUCUCUCUCUCAUAAACUAGUGAUUGUAUCCCAUAAAAACUGUGUUCUGUUAUUGAUCAUAAUCCCUAGAUUAGUAAAGUUUAGGUAGGUGGUGACCCAGAAAUAGUCAAAAGAAGUGAUCAUCAUGUAAUUAACUUUCAUUUAUGAGAAGAGAUAAUAUAGAUGUAAUAUUUCACUUUUCACAUCUAGUCAUCAUUUACAUUCUAUAUAUUAUCAUACUCACUGAUUUAUUUCUCUCUAAUUUGUGAUGCAAUGUAUCUGUGAUAUUUUUACUAGUAUUUGUUCAAACUUUAAAUCUUUCAAUUUAUUAUGUAUUAUUUUAUUAAUUGUUAUUACAAAUAAUAAGAUAUGGUUGUCAAUUGUAGAGUUUGUUACUGGUGUUGAUUCAGUAAAAUCUUGAGGAGGUCUUGUACAAGACAUACUGAAUUUUUUUUUAGAGGAAUAGACAUUUAUACUUUUAUGGAAGUCAUAAAGUGAAAGUAGAAAAUAACACUUUAGUUUAUCACAUAUAGAAUAACAGUUUUGAUUAUGUGGUUCCAUUCAAUGACUCCAAGAGUCUGUAUAGGAUCACUUACCAUAACCUUACUUAAUUCAUUUUUUUUUUAUUCUAGGUGUACAUGCAUGGUUCUAUUAAAUGACUGCAGGAGUCAAUAUGCAGAUCAGUUACCCUAUUCUUACUCUAUUUACAGAUUAGAAGCCAGUUCGGAUUAAUAAUUAUAUCAAAUAUUUCAAUAAUAGAAUAUUGUCAUUUACCUAUAAACACAAACAUUCAAAAUUCAGGUAUUUAAAAUCUAUAAAGUCGAAUGGCCAGGGGUAAGAUUGAUGCAUGGGACUCUAACAAAGUUAAAAAAAUUAGAUAAUAAAAUUAAAAUAUAUUUAUUAAGAAAGAGUUCUUGUCUCUGGGAAUUUUAUAUUCCACCUUAAAUAUAGGUAAUAUCCUAUAUGAUGUUAAGAAAUUUAAUUAUUACUUUUUUUAUGAACAAAAAUCAAAAUUCAAGCUUACCAUAUUCUUAGAUUGCAAAAUUGUAUUGCUUCAAUCUGAUUUUAUGGGAAAUUGUCAACUAACUUUAUUAGCUACCUGAUGUACCAAUCUCCCCUAUUGUCCUAGGAUAAAAAUAUGUCUUUGUCAGAUCUCGAUUGCACAGCAAAUUGUCGUUUUUGUAAACAAUAUUUGAAAAGGAUUGGGGAACAGGCUUGGCCUAUGUUGACUCCUCUCCAGAAUGGUUUUAGAAUGGGUUGAUAAUUUACAAUGUAGUCUACCUGUGUAUAUUAUCUGAUUGAAAACAAGCAAAUUAUGCUUACUUAAUAAACCACGGACCGUAUAUUUUUUACGAUCUAUGCUUAAACCAAAUAUGCAACAAAGACAAGAUUCCUUAAAAUUCUCAAACAUUAUGUAGUUUUCAAUUAAUAUACGAUUUUACCGAAUACAUUGGUGUGGUUUUUUUAUAUGCACGAUUGUUUAAAACUGUUAUUUAAUUAGUUUGAUUCCGAUAUGGAUAUAUCGAAUCAUUGUAAUUAUUCAUAAAAAAUUAUGAUUUCAAAAGGUCGAUCUGAUCUUAACAAACCUUUUAUGUAACUUAAUUCUGAUUUGGAAGACGCAUUAUUACCUUCACUAAGAAAAUAAUGUAACUUAUUUUGAACAAGAUUAUAUUUGUAUUGUAUAACCCAUUUGUAUUGUAUAACCAAUAAAUUGAAACCAAAGGCAAUUAUAACAGAGCAAAGAUGGAUUGGCAGUUGAAUCUAGGAGCCUGGUAUAGAACUGAAAUUUAUAUUUUUCUCACAGGCGAACUAAAGAACAUUAACUUCUUGCUUUUGUCCUUUGAUUUAAAGAGAGUUGUGUUUUCAUGACAAUGGUCCCUGGUUGUUUAUGACAGCUGAUUUAAUAAAUCGUUCAUUGUGUUCGAUUAUUUACUUUUGCACUUUGAAUAAAACAGUUUA